AUGGCUUCCACCACCACCACCACCACCGUUACCGAUUCAACUAAACACAUAAUCUCAGAACUUCCUUCCUAUAUCACCGUCUACAACGACGGCACCAUCGAACGACCACGACAAGCACCAACAGUACCACCCAAUCUCAAUGAUCCAAACUCCCCCGUCUCAUCCAAAGACAUCAUCAUCUCUCAAAACCCCAACGUCUCCGCUCGUCUCUACCUCCCAAAAAACCCCACCCAAAAACUCCCCAUCUUAGUAUUCUUCCACGGCGGUGGAUUCUUCUUCGAAUCAGCUUUUUCCAAACUUUACCAUGAACACUUCAACAUCUUCGCUCCUCAAGCAAACACCAUAGUCGUUUCCGUCGAAUACCGUCUCGCUCCAGUACACCCUCUUCCUGCAGCGUACCAUGACUGCUGGAGUUCACUCCAAUGGGUUGCUUCUAACCAAGAACCGUGGCUAACCAACCAUGGUGAUUUAAACAGAAUUUUCAUUGGUGGUGACAGUGCUGGUGGGAACAUAGUUCAUAACAUCGCUAUGCGUGCUGGUUCUGAAGCUUUACCGAAUGAUGUUAAAGUUUUAGGAGCUAUUUUGCAACACCCUUUUUUCUAUGGUUCACACCCUGUUGGAUUAGAAGGUGUUAAACUCAAGAGUUCUGAUCAUGAUUUUUACUGUUCCGUUUGGAAUUUCGUGUAUCCAUCAGCACCGGGUGGAAUUGAUAACCUUCAUGUUAAUCCUUUGGGUUUAGAGGCACCGAGUUUGGAAGGACUUGGUUGUGAUAAGAUGAUCGUUUGUGUUGCUGGGAAAGAUGGAAUUAGAGAGAGAGGGGUUUGGUAUUAUGAAAUAGUGAAAAAGAGUGGUUGGAAAGGGAAAUUGGAAUUCUUUGAAGAAGAAGGUGAAGAUCAUGUUUAUCAUAUCUUUUAUCCUGAGUCUGAGAAUGGCCAAAAAUUGAUCAAACGAUUGGCUUCUUUUCUCCAUGAGUAG